AUGGGUAACAGCAAUAUUGGAAAUGAUGUGCAACGGUCCGACUACAAGGGCAUCGAAUUGCGGGGGUGUUCGAAUGUUGACAUGAUGUUGGAAACAAUCAUUGCAUCUUGCUUCAGAGAAACUUGUUCCCACAAGUUCGAUCUUUGCGGGCUGGUCUCAAGUGCCGAAGGGGCACUACGCUAUCGCGCAUUCGACUGGUCAUCUCUCCUAGUGUCGGAGCGCAAUGGUGUUAUCUACAAGGACGUAAACGGCGUAGCUCAGCCGUUGGAGCAAAUCCUCGUUGCCAGUGGUGUUAACAUGGUCCGACAGCGAGUAUGGACAACUGAGGGUGACUAUGGAAUUCAGUACAACCUCGAACUCGCUGCAAGAGCUCAGUCGGCCGGCCUGCAGUUCGGCCUGAAUUUACAUUACAGCGAUACUUGGACAAACCCUGGUUUGCAGGACAUCCCGUCCGGUUGGCCUACUCAAAUCUCGGAAUUAUCCACCAAGCUCUACCAGUAUACUUACCAAGUAUGCCAAACCUUUGCCGACGCCGGCCUUGUUCCAGAAACAAUCACGAUCGGCAACGAGAUCAAUGGGGGAACAUUAUGGCCGACAGGAAAAUAUGAUCAGCCGCAUAAUCUUGCAACGCUUCUACAUACAGCCUCGCGCGCAAUCCGCGACUCGGGCUUGAGUCCACCACCAAAGAUACAGGUACAUCUAUCACACGGCGAAAACGCUGAAGAGAUGCAGUGGUUCUACGACCUUGUUCUAGGCGAAGGCCCAUUCACCUUGUCAGACGUAGACAUGCUAGGCGUGUCAUUCUAUCCCUUCUGGGGACAAGCUGCAACUCAGGAGAACCUGUUGGCGUCACUAAACAACUUGGUGACCCGGUACGGCAAGGAGGUCAUGGUUAUUGAAACAAACUGGCCAGUGUCCUGCGUGAACGGAGAUUAUCCAUUUCCACUCGACACCGCAGACAUUACUUUUGAUCCGGCUGGCCAAACCACCUGGAUUCAGAGGACAGCAGCAACUCUCAACAAGGUGCAAGGGGCUCGGGCUGUUGGUCUGUCAUAUUGGGAAGGUGCUUGGAUUCACAAUGCUGUCCUUGGUUCAUCGUGCGAUUGGAAUACUCUCUUUGACGGAAAUGCUCAAGCUUACACCAGCAUGGCUGUCUUCGGAACGAUCUAAGACUGGUUGAAAUCGGCGUGCCGAUUUCCUGACACUAUAUUCUUUUGUUGAUUUUCGUCCAUGAGGGCCAACUCGACAGUUCAUUUAUUUCUUUCUACUUGUAGGUGACGUGAUCAAACCUUCUUUCACCCUUUC